AGAUCUAGCGUAGCCGAGCCAGUAGCCGAGCCAGCCCAGCCAGUCAGCCCACCAAGGGGAGAAGGAAGGAAGGACGAAGGACGAAGGCCAAAGGAAGGAAAGAGGAGGACGAGGCGAGGGAGGGCAGGGAGCCGAGGACAGAGACAGAGAGAGUCGAGAGAGAGAAAACAGCUUGGCUACUCGCUGCUGCUGCUGCUGGUGGCUGCUGCUUCAAUACGCGCAUCUGUUUGCAGCACAGCUUUUCCCCCUCUCCAUGUUUGCCCGCUACCAGAUCCCUUUAGAUCCUUUUCCGUUCUUCUUCUUCUUCCAUCUUCUUCUUCUUCCUUGAGGCACUUCCGAGGCGUUGGACCCUGCUGCCUGCCUCUACUGCCUGCCAGCCACUGCCCUGUCGUAGGACACACAACACUCUGAGUCUCAGACACUACUCACACACAGUAAGAGGUAGAUUCUUAAUGAGUUUUUUAGGGAGCGAUUUAGAUUAAUCCUAGAACCAGAGGGAGCAAGGAGGAUCGGAGGGAGCAAGGCGUGGGUGUGACGAAGAGAUUUUGUGAAUUUUUGGUGGUCUAGACGUCUGGCAGGCAUCUUGCUCCAUCCUCAGGCCACUCCACUGCCGUGCUCGUAGACAGACGAGGCUUCUUUUUGUGUAUGUAGAUUCCAGUGAGAUUUGAAUCUCAUUUUACUUCUUCUGUAGUGGUAGUGUAGGUAGAGCGUAGGGAGAGGCACCGAGAGGUUCUGAUCGUGGGGCUGCAAAUUUCCGGGGUCGACCUAUUUUCGUAUUUUUUGUUCACUGGUGGUUGUGGCCUCAGUUUUUGCAUCUGAGGUUAUAGACGAUUGAGUAUCUCGCCCUGGUGAGACGGGGCGUCCAAGGCGGAGGGUGGAACAGACGGGAGCAGGGAGGAGAUCAUGGCUACUCCUGUAUGGCAUCCCCAGGAGGAAGGAGUGAAGGAGAUAUGCGGACUACUUCAGGAGUUCAGGCAGCCGAGCGUGGAUCAGAGCCGCAUUUGGCAGCAGCUUCAGCGCUGCAGCCAAUUUCCGGACUUCAACAACUAUCUUACCUUCAUUCUUUGUCGCGCUGAGGGUCACUCUGUGGAAGUGAGGCAAGCCGCUGGUUUGCUGUUGAAGAAUAAUUUGAAGGCGAACUACCAAGCCAUUGCUCCUGCAUAUCAGCAUUACAUCAAGGCUGAGCUUUUGCCAUGUUUGGGGUCGUCCGAUAGACACAUUCGUGCCACCGUGGGCACAGUCAUAAGUGUUGUGGUACAGCAAGUCCACGUACAGGGAUGGCCCGAGAUAUUUCAGGCUAUAGCUCAGUGUUUGGACAGCAACGACUACAACCACAUGGAAGGAGCUCUGGAUGCCCUCUCUAAGAUAUGUGAAGACAUGCCAGUGGAGCUGGAUUCGGAUGUGCCUGGUUUGUCCGAUCGACCUAUCAACGUCUUCCUACCAAGACUCCUUCAGUUUUUUUCUUCGCAACAUGCCACUUUGCGGAAACUGUCCCUUGGGACGGUGAAUCAGUUCAUCGUAUCGCUGCCAACAGCACUUUUCAUCAACAUGGACAACUAUCUUCAAGGGUUGUUCUCGUUGGCUGAUGAUCCUGCUCCAGAAGUCCGUAAAUUGGUGUGUGCUGCUUUGGUUGAGCUUCUCGAAGUGCAGCCGAACUUUCUGCAGCCACACAUGAGAAAUGUCAUUGAGUACAUGCUGCAAGCUAAUCAAGAUGGAGACGAAGAAGUAGCACUUGAAUCAUGUGAAUUCUGGUCUGCAUUUUGUGAAGCACGUUGUACACCUGAGCUUCUGAGGGAGUUUCUUCCUCGAUUGAUAACUGUUUUGUUGACGAAUAUGGCAUACGCUGAUGAUGACGAGGCCCUCGUCGAUGCCGAUGAUGAUGAGAAUGGACCUGACAGAGACCAGGACCUUAAGCCCCGUUUCCAUCAAUCUCGAGUACAUGGUGCCGACGGCGGUAAUGAGGAAGAUGAGGAAGACGACGAUAUAAUUAAUUCAUGGAACCUACGGAAGUGUAGUGCCGCUGGGCUGGACAUAUUGUCUACCGUUUUUGGAGAUGAGCUUCUUCCCGUACUCAUGCCUCUUGUUCAGGCAAAUCUUUCUCAACCGACAGAUGCUGCGUGGAAGGCAAGAGAGGCUGCUGUGUUGGCCUUGGGUGCAGUUGCUGAAGGUUGCAUCAAUGGUCUACUUCCGCACCUGACACAGAUUGUUGCAUUCCUUGUCCCCCUUUUGGAGGACAAGCGCCCACUCGUGCGAAGCAUUACGUGCUGGACUCUUUCACGCUACAGCAAGUGGAUUGUGCAGGCUGUCGGACAUCCUGAUGGACAUGCGCAAUUUGAUAAAGUACUCACUGGACUUCUACGACGCAUUCUAGAUAGUAAUAAGCGAGUCCAAGAAGCUGCGUGUUCUGCGUUUGCCACUCUUGAAGAGGAGGCAGCUGAAGAAUUGGCUCCCAGACUUGAGCUUAUCCUGCAACAUCUGAUGUUUGCAUUUGGAAAGUAUCAGAGGAGAAAUUUGAGGAUACUUUAUGAUGCAAUUGGGACUUUGGCUGAUGCUGUGGGUUCAGAACUUAAUGAGGUGAAGUAUCUGGAGAUUCUCAUGCCACCACUUAUAAACAAGUGGCAACAACUUCCUGAUUCAGACAAAGACCUGUUCCCACUUCUUGAGUGCUUCACCUCGAUAGCUCAGGCACUUGGUUCAGGAUUUUCCCUUUAUGCUGAGCCUGUAUUUGUGAGGUGUAUCAACCUCAUCCGAACUCAAGAGGUAGCAAAGGCUGAUCCUGGGAGGGCUGGUGUAGCAUAUGACAAAGAGUUCAUCGUCUGCUCUUUGGAUUUGCUGUCAGGCCUUGCCGAAGGCCUUGGCAGCAGCAUUGAAAGUCUGGUUUCAAGAAGUGAUUUGAGAGAUCUUCUCCUGCAAUGCUGCGCCGAUGAUGCUGCCGAUGUUCGACAAAGCGCAUUAGCGCUUCUUGGUGAUCUUGCAAAGGCCUGUGCGGUGCACCUGCAGCCUCACCUGCCUGACUUUUUAAAUUUAGCAGCUAAGCAGCUGCAGGGUUCGGAAGUGAAGGACAAUGUCUCUGUUGCCAACAAUGCGUGCUGGGCAAUUGGCGAAGUUGCUGUGAAGGUCCGGCAAGAAAUUUCGCCUGUCGUGAUGAAUGUUAUCACAUGCUUGGUCCCUAUUCUUACGAGUACAGAGGGUCUAAACAAAUCUCUUCUAGAGAACAGUGCAAUCACAUUAGGAAGGCUGGGAUGGGUUUGUCCAGAUCUGGUAGCUCCUCAUAUGGACCACUUCAUGCUAGCCUGGUGCCACGCUCUUCGCUCAAUACGCGAUGACGUUGAGAAGGAAGACGCUUUUAGAGGUCUUUGUGCCAUGGUGCGGCUAAAUCCUGGAGGUGCCGUGAGUGCCUUCGUCCCUAUGUGCGAAGCCAUAGGUAGUUGGCAUGAAAUUCGAAGUGCAGAUCUGAGAUCUGAAAUUGCUCAGGUUCUACACGGCUACAAACAGUUGCUAUCUGGACCUACCUGGGAUCAAUGCAUGGCCGCUCUUGAUCCGCCUAUGCGUGAGAAGCUUGUCAAGAAGUAUCAAAUAUAGUAUGAACACCGGUGAUGUUGAUCAAUUUGGACCAAUGAUGGCUGUAUCAUGAGGGUCGUGUAGGGUUACUGCAAACAUAGAUGCAAGUUUUUCCUCAGUAUAGCCUGGAUUAGACCAGGCCCACAUCCUUCGCAGAUACUGUGGUUACAAGGCAUAUCCCUUGUUCACUAUCUGUUCGCCCAGAAAUCCCUUAGCUUCAGUUAAAGUUUACACAGCACACAUGGCUAACUGUGUCCGGUUAUCGGGUCAAGAGGUGAUAGUGCGCUGGCCUUGGAGCUACCGAGGUGGUGCACCAUGUGGUGGUGAGGAGUCAUGACUUCAUCCUUUCCUGCUUCACCUGGCGCUUCUGUCACGCAGAAGUAUCAUGAUUGCUUAGAUUUUGCAACAGGAGGUUGCAAAGUGGAGUCCUCUCCGUCAUACUGCUAACGGCAUGCGUGACUUGGACAUGACAAUGCAAGCAUGUGUGCUUCAAGAUAUGCAGUGAGUGAUGCAGAAUAGGCGGCGGUAGAGAUGUACGGAUGAAAUUUGAAGGGUACGAAGAGGAAGCCAAGCGAAUGUGGAGGAAGCGAAGGAUAUCACUGUUGAGUACGUGCUGUACUCCAUCCAGAAAUAAGAGGGCUGGAAAAGGUGGUCUCUACAUGCGGCUUUGAUCUUCAGCAGUUUAAACUAGUCCGGUAUCAAGUCCAGACUAGUUGCCUGGAUAUCUACAACGCUGCGUAGCUAGGUCCUGAAGCAACAGGAAGGUGCCAGAAGUUGAGAGAGCGAGGAAGGAUGUUGGGUUUUUGGUGCAGCAAGUUAAAGCUGUCACACGUAAGCAAUCAUUCCCUGUAGCAGUGCUAAAUUAGUGAGAUACUUGUCGAUAGGAUUCUUUACAGCAGUAGAGGCCCAAAAUAAGCCUUGUCUGAUGAUGUGUUGGCUGGCCAAUACGUGAUUGCAGCAGAUGAUUGUUUCUUCACACUUGUAGGUUUUUAUUAACGUCCUGCCAGAGUUUAGGAGCGGGCGGUGCAUCAGUAGCACCCCCACCCCCUUUGAUUAUUGAAUUAUCUGUGAUGGCCUUACUCCACGCAGAUGUUUGAUAUUGUGGAAGUAAAGAAGUUUACAUGCUGCUGCAAACCACACGCCUGCGUAUUCUGUGGCCAGGCGAUGAUGCUUGGCAGAAUACUUGCUACUGCAAGGAUUGGUGCAUUUUGCUUGGCCCUAAUUGCCCUCGCUCUUCGCUGGUGAAAGCACGUAUGGUUAUCUUGUGUGGAUGAAAGAUGACAAUGCUCACUCGAAGUGGAGAGAAAUCAUUUGGUACUCUAGUGACGGCUAUACGCUACAAGCGGUACAUCAAUUUAAAAUUAGGUGCGAGGAAGUAUAUCACCCCAAUGUUGGGCGCAUCAUGUGCUGACAUAGUUGAAUAGCACAUAGAAGGGUGGGAAGCGGACUGCGCGAUGACUGAAGCCUGAUGUGUUCUACCCGCUCUGUCCGAGAGUGAGGGCAUGAAUUAUCGUCCCAAUGUUUACAUAAACCGAA